AGCCCUCGAGGAAACGAUGAGCGUUGGUUUAUCGGUGGGGACAGGAAAACCACGCUGUCUCACCGGGUUUGUUCCAGGCCGCUGACCCAAUAAGAAGCCUUCGUCUCCAGCGGUUCUAACUGCCUGACAGAUCAAACCUCCCUCUGCUGCGGUGUAUUCAUUCCCUCCAGAGCCAAGGACAUAAUGUGACACAUCUCGACCCUUAACUGAGUGACUGACUGACAAACACCGAGGCCACCAUGCAGGAGUGCCACACUGGGCUGUGUCUGUCUGUCUACAUCAUUACCUUUGUCCUGGGCUUCCCGGCCAAUGUCCUCGCCUUCUACACUUUCUGCAAGAAAGUGAGGCAGAAACCUACACCGAUUGACAUCCUGCUCCUCAAUCUGACCAUCUCUGACCUCCUCUUUCUCCUCUUCCUGCCCUUCAAGAUGCAGGAAGUCAUGAACAACAUGGUCUGGGACAUGCCCUAUGUCCUAUGCCCACUGUCUGGCUUCAUCUUCUACAUGACCAUCUACAAUAGCACCUUCUUCCUCACUGCAGUCAGCGUAGAGCGCUACCUGGGUGUGGCUUACCCCAUCCAGCACUCCCUGAAGCGGCGACCUGUGUACGCUGUCGCCGCUAGCAUCUUCUUCUGGAUUUUCACCUUUAUCCACCUGAGCAUUGUGUUUAUUGUGCCAUUUAUCGGCCCUGAAAACUCUCCGAAUACCACCUUAAGCCACAAUGACUCAGCUAGCCCUGAUACUGAAGAGAAAAAGAGGAAGGUGUGUUAUCAAAACUUUACUGAGGCUCAGCUGAGUGUCCUCCUGCCAGUACGCCUGGAGCUCUGUGUGGUACUUUUCUGCAUCCCUUUCCUGAUUUGUAGUUUCUGCUACAUCAACUUCAUCAGGAUUCUGUCCAAGCUGCAGCACAUUGACCGGCGCCGGCGCCUGCGGGCCAUUGGCAUGGCACUGGGAACGCUGCUGGUGUUUGCUUUAUGUUUUGGCCCAUAUAACGUCUCGCACGUUGUCGGUUUUAUUACAUGGAGAAGUCCUGACUGGAGAGACAAAGCCCUGCUCUGCAGCACCUUUAAUGCUUGUCUAGACCCUCUCAUUUUCUACCUCUCCUCCUCCGCUGUGAGAGGGAAUGUGGGUAGCAUGAUGGAAGGGGUUAAAAGUCGCCUAAACAGGUGCAUGUCCUGUCACAUGUUCAGGGCCCUGCGGGGGACGGUUAACAAGACUGAAAAAGAUAAGGGACACAAACAAGAGGAGAUCAAUACUAUCUAAGCUGACUGAAAGGAAACUGUGAGCAGCUGCCUUCACUAAUUUAUUAUUUCUUCAUCCCUGGAAGCAGGAAAUUAAUGACGUGUUUAUGUUUUUACAAAUAAGAAUAUGACAUGGUAUACUGUAUACAGUGCAGUGUGUGUCCCUAUUUGACUCUCUGAUGAACUUCCUAAUUGGAAACGAGACAAAAUAAGAAAACGUCUGUCUGUCUGAGAAGGCCACCGUUUUUAUGCAGUGUAAUGUGUAAAGCCACAGAGACAGGCUACUUUGAACUGUCACAGUUACGUGACAAAAAAUUCUUACAUAACAACAAGAUUUCACAAGAUCUCCUUUAAUGCAGUUGCAGGUGUUGUCGAGUGCUGCGGCACAGACGCCAACAAAAUGAAUAUCUAAGCAACAGCUUCGGACGUCAUCUCUAAGCAAUAAGAGAUAAAGCUUUCCUUCCAACAUGCUUGUUGUCAGAUACUGUGGAAAAAAAUUCGAACUGUGAAGUGUGAGAUAUGAAAGAAGAUUCAAGCGUGUUGAAAAUGACCUUGUGUUUGUACAACUUUACAAAAACAUAGUUUGCAGCUAAUAUACAGUUUGCUUUUUAUGUGAACAUAUAUUUGUGUAUUUGGCUUUUCUUAUGCAGAUUUUAGUUUGCACAAUUUUAUAUUUAUACUUGCAUUUGAUUCAAAAUUUUUUUAUUGUCAUAUGGACAUACACAGUCAUAUUUCCACCAUUAUUAGGUAGUAUACAAUGUAAGAAUAUAUGUUAAUGAAUUGCAUGUGAAAUUAUGCCUGAAAGCUGUAUGACAGGGGCUGUAGUAAUAUAAGACAAAACGCAAAAACAAUAUUUUCAUAAACAAAUUAUAUAAACAUAUUUUACAUAAUUUAUGACAGUUAGGUAAGCUUAUUAGGUGAUUUUGUUUGUGUAUGUAUAUGAAUGUCAUAGAUGACAGCAGAGGAAAAGAAAGUGAACCCCAGAUAUACUAUUUUCAUACACAAGUCAUACAUUUACGUAAUUUAUGACCAAAAUAUUGUUUUGUAUGGGCAGCAGUCAGAUUCAAGGUGAUUAUGUUUGUUUGUGUGUGUGUGUGUGCAUGAAAGAGGAGAGAUAAGGACUAAUUUGUUUUUUAAAGGGAGUGAUGAACAUGAACAUAAAUAUCCACCAUAUCCACCAGAUCAAGGUCAUGUUAUUAUAUAAAAUGUAUACCUCUUUUAUAUAUAUAAUGACAUUCAUAAAAGUAGUUUUAAAUAAAAAUAAGGAUUAAGUGUGAGCAAUAGCAAGUUUAUUGAGCCUGUUUUUGACAUCACUAAUCUGGUUAUACUGUAGAUUCAUCAUCUUGCUCUAAAUUUAAUGGUCAUUAUUACUGGCAGCAUUUGGCACUUUCGGCAGUGGGGGCAGGCCUAAAUAUAAAAGGCCUAAAUAUAAAAUGAACUUCCUCCAACACGUGAAUCAAGAUCUUACCCCACACACAUAAACAAUGCUAUCACACAAGCAAAUGCUGGCAUCGACCGUAAUCCUGUUUUGAGAGGAUUAGGCCUGCGUGGAGGUUGAGCUGAUCACUGUAUCUGUUUGACAGGUGGAUCAUGCAUGAAGCAUUCAUUUUGACACACAGACCCGGGUGAAUGACUAAGAUGUGCGGACUACCAGCCAGUGACACAAUGAGCAAAUUCAAAAACACGCUAGUCAGCACGCCACAGCGAUAAAGAGUUACAGAGAUAAAUAGCUUUGAUUUGCAGAAAGAAAUCGGCAUAGCAUCAAUGUUCAGAGGCUAUACAGUACGUGAAAGCCAGGCUGAAUAUAAAACAAGAGGUUUAAAAAUGGCAGACACUUUCAAAUAUGAGAGAGAAAGAACUGUUAAGACAGAAUGAUUCCUAUUUUUACAGCAAUGACUUGAUUUGUGUGAUGUUGUUUGUCAAAGGUUGGUCUUCUGAGAUGAGCCACACUGGUCCUUUUUUUGUUUUCUCUCCUAUUUCAUUUUGUGUUUCCUGGAAGACAAUAAUUGGUUGUUGCGUCAGUGUUGACUUUUUCCAACAAUGUGUGAUAGGUCACAGGGAUAAGGCAAUAAGAAAAACAGCCCUGUGCAUGUGUGUGCGUACAUGAUGUGUUUGCCAAAGGCAGAGAAGAACAUUGUACUCACAUGGCCCACAUCAUUUUCCCUGCAGGCAGAAAUGUUUGACUGCUGUAGAGCGCAAGAUCACAUAAAUUAAACAUUGUUUUUUAACAACUUCCUGUAAUUCUUGCUAAAAGGUUUACUCACUCACCUUCUAAUAAAAACACGACUAUCACUGCAGAGAGGAAACACAUCUUGAGAAUAUUCAAGUGUCCAAUCAGCUCGUUA